AUGGAGGGCUGCACUGACUGUUUUACUACCAUCUCAACCUCCUGCCUCGAGAACGAUGAGACGCUGGUUUUUGAACUGAAGGAUGAAGACGGGUAUGGUCGAAUGCACCGGUCUUCCGGAAUGUUUAUCGACACAAUUCUGGACCCAAUUCAUGGAGACCAUUUCUUAAAGUUCCCCGCGAGAAAUAGCAUUGACUUUUCUAUUGAAUUACAAAAACGAGUUCCCCCUCAUACAGUGUUUCUUCUGAACUGUACCAAUCCGGAUGCUUUCCAACACGUUCUACGUACUAUACAAAGCUCCCAGGACGCUGACCGAUUUGCACCUCUCGUCGCGCUCCCUCAGUUAAUGUGUGACAACGAGUCAUAUACGUGGACUUGGACAGCACCGGCAGAUUGUUCGCCUAUAGGCUUGUCCGGAUUGCCUAAUUACGUGUACUUCAUAUCGUACUCUGAGCAUGAAAAGCGUUUUCGUGUCCUUGCUCGUUUUCGCUUUUUUGUUUGUAGCGAAGUUAUCGAAACUCCUACGAUCAGUCCGAUGCCCCCCUUUUCCUCUAGUGAAUUAUUAUGCACUUCUCCUCUCUCACCAGGAUCUCCCUCCUCUCUCAACUCUGAAUUAUUGCCCUCUUCAGGUCAUCAACUACAACGUUUGCCGAGCACAGCCAGUCAGAAACCUAGCACAAAACUGGUGCAUUCAGCCACUAUAGUGCUACCCGAUGAUCCAGAGGACAGCCCGGGAUUUCGCUCCAUUCUCCGCGAGCUGGGCAGGAAAACCGAGUGUUUUCGCGGUGAUGUGAAAAAGUUGCUCAAAAGAAUUCAGGAACUGAGUGAAGCUUUUGAGUUUAUUGCUGGAGCACUUGGCCGAUUUAUGGAAUCAGUGCUCACUGCUUCUGCUACAUGUCCUGCAGCUUUUCAGCCGCUUGUGGAGACAUAUGUAGCACCCUCUUUGCAGCAUCAAAUCCGAUUAUUUAAAUCUACAUGUUCAGACCUCAUUCACUAUGUAUUUGAACCUCUGGAGAGAAUAUACGUCAACGAUUUGAAGCUUGCAACCGUAAAACGCAUUGAAUUUGAGGAAUUUAGUAAGAACUACUAUACCUCUCUUUCUCGUUAUUUGGCAAAUAAAACCACUGACAUGGCAAAAGAUGAAUCGAAAUAUCUCGUGAAGAAGAAAGAUUUUGAGCUGAGGCGUUUUGACUACUAUUGUUACAUUCAAGAUUUGCAUGAUGGACCUAAAACUCAAGACAUUUUGGCCAUAUUCACUAGCUAUUUUUACCAGCAACAUGAAAAGUGGGUUCACUCCUCGGAAAGCAUUGACAGUUUACAUGCACAAUUGGACGGUGUGCGGAAUGGCCUGGCAGACUUAACGCUGGGAUUAAAUGAUUUGAGUAAAAAACGCGAAUCUAGGCGUCGCAAAAUUAUACUCGAAACAACGGUUGAAAGUCCCAUCCGAGAAAAAACAAACGAAAAGCCUAUAAAACAAUCGUUCCCACCCGGUGGUCUCGGUCUCUAUCGCCAUCAAAGUGUGGGUGCUGCUUCGAAUUUGUCUGAUAAGUCUAGUUUGUACACCCCGAGUUCGCCUGCAAAAGAUGGGAAUGCCAUUAUUAAAGAAGGACUCUUGCUCGCACUUUCCAAACCUACCUCCCACACUGAAGUGUCGAUGGUAGGCAAAACUAGCUGGCACAAAUAUUGGGUUGUGCUUCAGCGAGGAAAGCUCGCCGAAUACGUAAACUGGAAGCAAAAGUCUCUAAGUCUGCACAACGAACCAAUAUCCCUUGCAUAUGCUUGCGUAAAAAAGGCAGAAAGCACAGAUCGUCGCUUUUGUUUUGAGGUCAUUACACCUAAAUUUAAGCGUGUUUAUCAAGCAACCUCUGAAAGUGAGCUUCACUCAUGGAUGCGUGUUUUACAGGAAACUAUAAAGGCUAACAUACUGUCUGGUGUCAACCAAGAGCGUACCGAAUUUGUUUCUAAAGGUCGACCUCGAGGUAUGCGUCCAGUGUCUAUGUUCAGCGAGUCUAUACAACAGCAUCCAAAAUCACGAAAGUCACCAGCAGCAGUGCUACGAAAGGCGUUUAGUGGUCGCAAGAAUUCUUCAUGGGGCUUUCGUGAGAUUUUCCGACCAGAACCUGAGCGGAUACCAUCCAUGAAUUUGGAAAAACUGCAUGAGAGCUCGAAAAUCUUCAUUUCAAUGUUAUGUAAAAGUGACCCAGAAAACUUGCACUGUGCUGAUUGUGGCUCUUCGUCAGAUGUCACUUGGUGUGCCAUCAAUUACCCCGUCAUCUUGUGCAUCGAAUGCAGUGGUAUACAUCGUUCUCUAGGUACCCACAUUUCCAAGGUUCGAUCACUGCUUCUGGAUUCGCUAUCCCAGCAGCUGAAGCAAUUAUUGUGCAAGGUGGGCAAUACAAACGUGAAUGCUGUUUGGGAGGCUCGCGUGCACGAAUCAGACUUAAAAAAGCCUUCUUCACGCAGCGCAAGCAUUGAUAAGCAGGCGUUUAUCAAGAAAAAGUAUUCAGAGCGCGGAUUUCUGGAUAUUGGCAACGUUGAUGCCAAAGCACAAUUAGUCGAAGGUAUUCGGACGAAUAAUAUUCGUAUGAUACUGACUGCACUUGCCGCGAAACCGAAUUUCAGCAGAGAUUCUUGCGAUUUCUUGGCUGUUAUUAAGCCAGACACUUCUCAGCUUUAUUUACUAGAGCUUUUGCUUGCAAAUGGACUUGUCAUUCCACCGGAAAGCAAAUUAACAGGGCUCGUUAGUCCAGAGGUGCAGGCAUUCAUACGGCUCAAGCGUCCAUCUGGACAGUAA